UUAUAAAGUAAAUUACAUAAUACUAUGUAUCGUGGUUAUUAAAGAUAAGCAUUCUUAUUUUUUAGCGUAAUUGUAACAUGUAUAAUUGAAUGUUUUUUUGUCUUAGAAGGAAGUCAUUCUUAAUCUUUGUACUACCCAAACAUUUUUCCACAUUUUAUUCCAAACAAGAAUUAGAGUAAUAACAUACUGAAAUCAUCGUUGCUGCCUCCCUCUUUUUUUCAGUGCUCAUUAGUGUAAUUUAAUAACAAUAUAUUAAUAAAUAUUUCAACACUAAUACAAAAAAUGGUAAAUAGUAUACCUAUACGUACAAGAAUAAUUAAAUAUGUUACAGAUAAUAAUUAAAUAUGUUCCAGUUGGUAACUUCUAUAAAGUUACGUAAAUUUUUUAAACAUGUGCUACUUAUAAAAUUUAUAAAACUAUUCGCCUACUAUAAAUAUAUCAUAUCGUUUGUAAAAUGUUGCUUGACAAAUUCGAUAUGUUUUAUCCCAUAUCUAAACAAUAAGCUUAUAUUUAUAAAGCUGUGUGUUUCAUACGAGUUUGUAAGAAGAAAAUUUUGGCUACAAUACUAUUUCUCUUUUAUAUGGGUUACUUAUUAUUCAAGAUAUCUAGUUGACGUUAUUUUAUAUCACAUAUAUGUUGUUUCAAUUGUUUUUGCUUUCCUAUAAUGAGAAUCAUUGAAUGAAUCAGGUUAUUUUAAUAAAAUUUUAUUCUAUGCAAUAAUAAUACCAAAAACUACUUUGUAUAAUAUAUAUUAUUCUAAUUUUUAUUAAAAAAAAGAAAAAAAAAGGAGAAAAGACAUAUUUUGUACAAAUCUCAUGUUACGAUUGCAAAUGAUCUUACUUUUGUAUUGUAUUCUUAAAAAACUGUUUUUAUGGAAACAAAAUAAGAAUAUCUAAGAAUGACGUGAAAUUUCCUUUAUUAUAAUAAUAUUAGUUUAUUACGUGAAUUAGUUGAUAAGAAUGUAUGAAGUUCUUCACAAGAAGAACGUAUGUAACAAGUAAAUGUAUGAUUAUAGAAAAUAAAUUUCGUGUGUAAGUUAAGAAUUAAUUAUUUUUGUUUUGUAAUACUGUAUGUAAUAUUAAUAUGUUAACUCUGCAUAUUAUAUGAAAUAGCAUUUGAAAUAUUUAAAGAUAUUUAAUUUGAUACAUAUACGUUCUUCUUUAGUAUAGUUCAUGUAAGAUAGAAAAGAACGAUGUACGUCGAAGCUGUUCAAUAAUCGAAAAAUGAAAUGUUUUUUUGUAGUACUUAUAGAUUUUAAUAAACGGUCAACAACAAUUUUUCAUUAAAAAUUAUAUAUUUUUUAUCAUUUUUAUUAAUAUCUUAUCAAUAAGAUCGAUAUUUGUAUAUAACAAUAAAAUCAUAACCUUACUUUCAUACUAGUGACAAAGUGAAACUUCGUCAAAAUGAUGCAACAGUAUAUGAAAGAAUUAGAACAAGAUCCAUUUGAUCCUGAAGAAUUUGUUGAAAGACUUGCUUGGAGAACAGUUAAUGAUACGACAAAGGAUGAUGGAAAAACGUUUUUUGAUCCGACGAUAGUGCAUGAAACUUUCUUACAAGCGAUUAAAGAUUUACAAAUUUUACAGGAACGUCAACAAAAGAAAUGCGACAAACUUGAGGCAGCAUUAAAAGAUGAAGAAGCAAGGCAUAUACUAGAAAUAUUUGAAUUGCAAGAAAGAAACAAACAUUCUAUUGAUCUAUUUCAUCAGUUAGAUGAAAGAAUAAAUCUUGUAGCUACCAAGGUUUUACACUUAGGAGAUCAAUUGGAAAGUGUUAAUACUCCGAGAGCUAGAACUGUUGAAGCUCAGAAAUUAAUGAAACAUUUUUCAGAAUUUUUAAGUCCCGGACCUUUGACAGACCCGAUUUUUACAGAUAAAUCUUCGCUAGAUGAGGCAGCAGAUGUUAUACAGAAACUUCAUCUUAUUUCACAAGAAUUACCAUCUGAGAAAUUUGAACAUGCUAAGAAAAAAAUUGCAGUUAAGUACGACGAAAUUGAAAGAAAUCUCAUAGAAGAAUUUGUUAGAGCACAUAAUAGGGAAGAUGCUACUCGUAUGAGAGAGCUAGCGUCGGUGUUAGCUCAUUUUAAAGGAUAUUCUCAAUGUAUUGAUGCAUUUAUAGAGCAAAGCCAAAUGGGCUCGUUUGGAAAGGACGUUUUCCAAGAUGUAAUACCUAUGUGUACAAAAUAUCAUAAAUUAAUGCAGCAAGUAUUUACAAAUCCUGAACAGGUGAUGGCAAAAUUUGUGCUAAAUAUUUACCACUUAAGACUUCAAAAAUAUGCAGUUGCUAAAUUAGCAGAUAAAACUGAUCCUGAAAAAUACCUUAAAAAUUUAUAUGAUUUAUAUACAAGAACUGUGAAAUUGUCUACAGAAUUGAAAAUGUUUAAUAUGGGUACUGAUGAUACAUAUCUUGCCAAACUUACUAGAAAUAUAUUUCAGAAAUAUCUGGAUACUUAUAUCAUCAUGGAAACUAAAGUAUUGAGGGAAAAAUCAGCAGCUCUUCUUAUUGAAUAUUACGAAUCUAAAAAUCAUCAAAAAAAACAAUUACAAAGUGGCGGAUUUCAAGAAUUAAGAAGAGAUUUACAAGCAGUUUUAGGUGCAAGGACUAAUAUAAAUAUCGCGCAAAUAGAAAAUUAUGGUGGUGAGACUUUUUUGUCAGAAGAACUUGCAAUUGCUUUGUUACAAAGAAGUAAAUUGGCGUUUCAAAGAUGUCAAUUAUUAUCGAAACCUGAUGAUAUACCGAUAAAUACAAUUCAGAUUUUGGAGAUACUAUUACAAUAUUUAAUAAGUGAACACGUUGAUUAUGCAUUAGAAUUGGGUUUACAAAGUGUACCAAUUCCUGAAAGCAGAACUCAACCUGAGAUAUAUUUUUUCAAUGUUGUACGUCAAUGUAACGCAAUUGUACGCUUAUUAGAGGAACAAUUUAAUGACAGCGUGAUACCUCUUGUUCUGUCUACACCCAAGCACGGAGAUUGUAUGUUAAAGAAAAAGCUUGUGUUAGAUCAAAUUGACAUGAAAUUGGAGAUGGGAUUAGAUAGAAGUAUAAAUGCUAUUAUCGGCUGGGUAAAAGUGUAUCUACAAAACGAACAACGAAAAACUGAUUUUAAACCUGAAACUGAUGUAGAUACUUUAAGCACUCCAGCUUGUUUAACAGUAGUACAAUAUGUUACUGGAAUGAUUCGACAUAUUCGGAGUACUUUAGAUGGAAAAAAUUUAAACACUGUUUUAACUGAGCUUGGAGUGCGAUUUCAUAAAAUUAUUUAUGAUCAUUUACAACAGUUUCAAUUUAAUUCUGCAGGUGCUAUGUGUGCAAUAUGCGAUAUGAACGAAUAUCGUAAAUGCGUCAAGGAACUUGAAAUUGACCUUGUUACUAAUUUGUUUGACACUUUACAUGCUUUAUGCAAUUUAUUAUUAGUUAAACCAGAAAAUUUAAAACAAGUUUGUACAGGAGACCAAUUGGCAACGUUAGACCGUAAUGUUCUAGUGAAUUUCAUACAAUUAAGAACUGAUUAUAAAACACAAAAAUUAGCAAAUUGUUUAAAGGGUUUAGCCACAUAAUAAAUUCGUAAAAUGUGUGAAUAUUACCUUUAUAAUACCUUUGAAAUAUGUUAUGUACAGUAUUUAGGAUAUACAACCAAAAUAAUAACAAACUAGAUCUUACUAAAUGAA